CCUCGGGACGGCGCAGAAAAUUAACAGCAGUUCAGAUCUGAGGAACUUUAUGACACGUGUAUGAUAGGACUGAACCAGGGCGUAAUUGAAUGACGGAUGAGCUUCCAAGAGCCACAUUUCCAGGGAGUAAUGAAAAAUAGAAGUGCUAUUGACUAAAGGAGCUUUCGGCGGCUGCUCCGCGCGGCGCGGGAUGAGCAGGCUGCCGGCAGGGGGAAUGCAUCAAUACGGCAAGUUCCACCGCGGGGACUACACGGUGGAGGUGAGCAUCAACGACUACCUGGACAUCUACUGCCCGCACUACGAGGAGCCGCUGCCCGCCGAGCGCAUGGAGCGCUACGUCCUCUACAUGGUCAACUACGAGGGGCACGCGUCCUGCGACCACCGGCAGAAGGGCUUCAAGCGCUGGGAGUGCAACCGCCCCGACUCCCCCAACGGGCCCCUCAAGUUUUCCGAGAAGUUCCAGCUCUUCACCCCCUUCUCGCUGGGCUUCGAGUUCCGGCCCGGCCACGAGUACUACUACAUCUCUGCUUCUCCCCCGAACAUGGUGGACAGGCCCUGCCUCAAGCUGAAGGUUUACGUUCGGCCGACGAACGAUUCCCUCUACGAGUCCCCGGAGCCCAUCUUCACCAGCAACAACUCGUGCUGCAGCCUCAGGGUGCCGCACGCCGCGCUCGUGGUGGUGCCGGUCUUCUGGACGCUGCUGGCCUCCUAGCGCUGCGGGGCGAGGUGCGGGACGGAGCGGGGCUGUGCUGCCGGCCAGGAGCCCCCCGGAGCCCCCCGCACCAGUGCAGCGCGCCGGGGGAGCGGUCCCGCACCGGCGGCGGUGGAGCCGGGACGGAUCCUGCCCGCGCGCCUCGAGGGCUCCCUUCCCUGCAGCUCGCUCGGCUCCGGCUCGCCCGUAGGAUGUUGCUUUUUACAUUUCUAGACCAAAUAUAGAGUCCUGAUUUUUGAUUUUUUUCUCUCGAUUUUUUUUUUUUUAAAAAAAAAAGAUUUUUAUUUUUCGUUGGCUCUGUUUCAGUCCAGGCUUCCCCGUGUCAGACUGAACCGCACGGGGGGGCCCCGGGCGCUGAGCCCCUCUCUCCGGGGCCGUGGUGGCUGCGGCACGGCACGCUGCCUUCGCCCGGCGAGAUGGACACCGCCACGGUGCUGAUGGCAUGGACUUCUUCCCAGCCCGGCCGCCCCUCCUGCAGCAGGACGUCGCAGCGCACGGGGAUGGGGGACCCGGACGGACACAGGGCCGCUGGGGGGGUCCCCAAGCUGCGAGCCCCACGGGGUGACCCCUCCCCACUGUGGAUGUCACCUCUGUCCCUGCGGGGCGGCUCCGCCAGCAGUGAAGUGGCAGCACCCACGGGGAGCCCUGGGGGUCCCGGAUGGCACCAGGAGCCCCCCUGGGUGCUCGGCUGGAUCUGGGGCUGGAGCAGGGCCGACCGCUGCCAACCCCCCCAGUGCUGCAUCCCCUCCGUGUCAGCCCAAGCACCGCCUGUGCCCCCCCGGGGGCUGGAUUUCCCCCCAGCGCCAGGAUGGAGCAGCUUUUUGGGUCUGCACCCCGUCCUCCUCGCCGCCUCCCAGCUGCUCGUGGCUCCGCGGGCUCAUCCCCAGCAUCGGCCGUGGGGGGCGGACGGGCCCCCCCCCAUGAUUGUCCCCCCCGCUCCGCGCGGGGCUGGCACCGGGGCCACGGCUGCGCCGGGCUUUGGCUUGUUCUUCUCUUCUUUCUUCGCAUCCAAAAGAAAACCACGGAAAAACCCCAUCGGCCCCGAAGCGCAGGGGGUGGGAGAUGAACCAGAGAGGGGCCCGGCCCCUCCUCGCCUUAAAUCCAGGACUGUCCCCCCCCCCCCGAGGGGCUCACGCCGGGGGCGGUGGCCCCGGGACGCCGGCUCUGCCCGCACCGAGCCCUUUCCACGGACCUUUUCCAGCCCCGUCUCUUUUCUCCGCGGGGGCCCGGGGGCCGCUCCGCUCUGUAAAUACAGCCGGCAGGCGCUAUACUGUGAGCGUUUUUUUAUGUAUUGUUGAGAAUGAAUUUUAUGGAAGGGUUUAUUUUAUUUUUAUUUGAUUAUUUUUAUUUUUUAGACUAGGACGCUGAAAUCUCGCAAUAAGCUCAUCUCAACCAUCCAAAAAAAAAAAUAAAAUUACAAAACGACGAUUAAAAAAAAAAAAAAAAAAAACGCAUUCCCCCCCCCCCCCCCCCCCCCCCCCCCCUGCCCUCCCCCCCCCUGUCCCCCUGUGUCUUGACCAGGUCGUGGUUCUCGAAGGCGAGCGAAAGCAUCGUGGUUCUCCUGGCACCGGUACCCCGGGGGCGAGGGGGGGGGCCGGGGGCCGUGCCCGGGCACCGCUCCAGCACCGCCGGGCUCGCAGGGGAGUGGCGACGGCAAAACCUGGCCUUCGGUCUGUGUUUUAUAUAUAUAUAGAUUAUAUAUAUAAAUAUCUAUAUUGUGUACAGCGACUGUGAGAGAGUUAAAAGCAAAGUGAGGCAGCAACACUUGCAGGGAGCUCUGAGCAGAGGCGAGGGUUGGGUGAGGGCUGGGGGGGGGUUGCUUGGGUCGGUUUUUCCCUUGGGAGCAGCCCGCUGUCGGCGCUGGUUUUGCGUGUUGGUCUCCGUCCCGCCUAGCUUCGUCCUUAGCCACGCCGCUUUCGUCCUCGACGUCGUGCUGAUGGUAACCGGAUCACCACCUAAUUUGGAUUCUGUAUUUUUUUAUAAUAAAAUAAAAAUAAAUGUCAUGUGA